UGGUGGUUAUAAGUAGUUUCCAGACAAUGAAAUACCCAUCAGUGAGGCAAAGGUAUAGCAAUAAAUUGAUGGGAAUCCGUUGCGGAGUGUCGGUCGAGAUGACGCAGUAUAAAGACGGGGUUUUGGAGAGGGCAUUUAUGGGUCUGUUUGCAAAGAAGAUGGAGAAAUUCGGGAAAAUAGGAGAAGAAGAAGAAGAAGAAGAAGAAGAAGAAGAAGAAGAAGAAGAAGAAGAAGAAGAAGAAGAAGAAGAAGAAGAAGAAGAAGAAGAAGAAGAA